AUGCCCCGACGCCACAUCUCGUACAUGAGCCACAGCAGCGCGCUCCCCUCGCCGCUGCCAUCGACGUCGCUAUCCGCGAGCGAGACAGGAGCCGCCGGGGCGGACGAGGGGGGGCAGGGCGGAGGCCGCGACUGGCUCGCGGCCGCGCAGGCGGGCCUGCGGCGGGACCUCGAGACGUCGCGGAUGGAGCUGGAGCUGGUGCGGGACGCGCUGGCGGAGCUCGACGCCGGCCUUGCCGGGGAGCAAGACGGAGAGAACGGCAGGCGGACGGAGCAGGAAGAGAAGGCGCCGGGAGGGGACGGCGAGGAGGGCCCGGCCGCCAGCCUCGGCCAGCUCCGGGACCGCCGCGCCCUCGUCCAGUCCUGCCACGAGUACGCCGGCUCCCGGGCCCUCAUGCUGGGCGACCGCCUGCGCCAGGUACAGUACUGGGUGGACGGCCGGCGCGAGGGCCGCGAGGUGCCCGGCGGCGCGCCGGAGGAGUGGCACGCGGUCGACGAGGAGUGGCGGCGGUGGCUCGGCGAGCAGGCGGCCGCGGUGCGGGUGGCCGGCGACGCCGACAACGACGACGACGGCGAGCCGUCGUCAGCGUGCGCCCGCGACGCCGCGGGCGGCGAGGCCGUGCGGCUCUGGGGCCCGCUGCUCGUCGUGCUCGCGAGUUGCGCGAACUGA